UCAUAAUCCUCCUCACAUCAUCGCACACACUCCCUUUCGCCGCUUCCAGUAUUACAUAGUUCCCGAUCUAGGUUAAGAUUCCGGGUUUUGAAUCGCCUCUUUCCAAGUCUUCUUGAAUUAAGUUCGGAUCUGCUGCUUUUCUCGCUUCCAACCCUUCUCCUUGACUUUCGAGAGUGAUCCACCUCCACCUUCGGGGUUGUUUGGGGGGGAAUCGGGUUGACCUCCACGCUUUUGCAAGCCUGUUCAGUCGAAUUCUCUAUAGAUUCAUUUUCUUCUUCGCGCCUCCUCUCCUCCCCAUGUCCUCGUAAUUUCUGGUUGGACAACAUUCGACGCUUCACCCCCUUGACUGGGUGAGACAAUUGGCCGGGUCGUAUUAUUUUGCCGGACUUCUUCGUUCGAUCGUUGCAUCUUUCAAGCCCACUGCUCCUCCCCGAACGUCGAUACCUUCUAAUCCUUCUCCAUGCCGAUUAAACUGCCCAAAAGUUUUGCCCGUCGAAAGUCUUCAGGAAAUGCGCUGGAAGAUGUGAAGCCCCCCGUUGAACCCUCUUUUCGGGUAUUCGAGCGACCACACGGAAGUAGCAAGUCGUUUGAUGGAACUAGUGCAUUGCAGCGCCUAGCUGGAAACCAAGGAGAAACGCCUGUCGACGACCCCUAUCCGGACAACAUAUUUGCGGGCAUAGAGAGACCGUCUACAGCCCAUCAAUAUGCUCCUGAUACGCAGCCGGCAAGGGCCCGUGCCGGAAAGUUAACGGGCUCGACCGGAAGUGGGGGAACCCACAAUUCCUCGUCUACUAGCAGAUUAUACGAUAGCUCUUCUUCGGCCAAAUUCAGUUCCUCGUCCACCUUACCUUCAGACAAUUCUGCCCAUGAUCUCCCUGUUCCCCCGAUACCUGAAUCGUCAUUCGCAUCUGCAUUGCGCUCCGCUGGAAGAACCUUUUCAUUCGGCACAAAGGCACCGAGGUUACCCCCUACCCAGCAUGGUACUCCGCGACACAGUGAGUCCACUGCCAGAGAACGCGCAAUGACAACAAGCACCACCAGUACGGCCACUCCCCCAAGACUCUUGGAGUCUGACUUGAACCUCGAGUCGUCGGAGGAUUUUUCAAAUAUUUUUGACAAUAUCGGUAAAAGGAAGAGCCAACUUCUAGACUCGAAUUCUCUUAAUCCAUCAAACCAACUUUCCUCUAGCGACGGUGCCCCCGUACCUCCGAAAGGCAGCCGCCCGAAUGGCUCAUCGUUGCUAUCUCCCAUUCAUACUAACCGCCAUUCGAAUUCGAUACCCGCACCGUCCCCGAGCGAUAGUCAAUCCUCGAGUGAUGGUUUGAUCAGACCCAGUUCUCCAAUUGAGACAAAUUCUGUAACAUCGAACCGUCUAGCCCAACAAUUGGGCAAAGUUCGGUUUUCUGAUGAGGACAGUCGAAACCCAAAUCAGCCCAGUUACUCAAGUGGCAGAAGCCUAACAGCGAACGCCAAUGCUGGUUACACCGACGCUUCUUUCAGCUCCAGCAAUGCAACAUUGAUUCCCAAUGGACCUUCGCCACCAGCCCUCGCGGCUGACAAUCACGGACUCGCUGACCCCGAAGUGUCGUCCAUGUAUGCUAGCGACAAUGAUUUUACCACUAUCCCGCUCAAUCACCGAAAUAAGCAGCCUACAUCGGCGUUAUCCAACGUGAACCCCGUCAUUCCUAGGCAGAAUGAACAUUCUCUGUCGGCAGAGGCCAGCCUUGCAGCGCGAUACGAGGAAGUUUCUUUGAAGAACGACGAAAAGCCGACAAAAGUGAUGACACCAGCCCAAUUUGAACGGUAUCGGCAGCAGAAGGAGAUGACCAGGCGACAGAGUAACGCAUCUACGUCCGAUUCCUCGGGCGACGACAGUGAAGAAGAGGAAGAAGAGGACGAGGCGGAGAAAAAGCGCCAAGCAGCCAACCAGAGGAAAAAACAGGAGGCCCAUCUGUCGGUCUAUAGACAACAGAUGAUGAAGAUUACUGGAGAACAGGCGAAAUUGACCAACCUUGAAUCGAAACGCGAUAGUUUGGAAUCCACGGGUCCAUCUGCGAAUCCGAACCACCAACCAAUGCUUCCAGCAGACAAAGCGCCUGCUGGAAAGAGCGGUGAUGGUGACGAUGAUGACGACGUUCCUCUUGCUAUUCUAGCUGCGCAUGGAUUCCCAAACAAAAAUCGACCUCCCUCACAGUUGUUAUCUUCAAAUUCUAAUCCAAACCUUCGAUCUUCCUAUAUGCUUACACCUCCUUCGGUUGCGGGCGACACACCUCCGCCGAAACGCAAGGCUCUCCCUGUUUUCGCUCGUAAUCUUCCCCAAGACCCAUAUUUCGGUGCAAGCCUUGUCAAUCCACCCAACAGAGAAUCUUUCGCUUUGGGUGGUGGUUCCCCCUCCGUUUACGGAGGGCCAACGCCAACGGUGCCACCUGGAGGUCUGGUAGGGAUGAUCGCGAACGAGGAACGUGCGAGAGCAAUGAGGAGGGGUAGUCCAAACGCUCAAGUCAGUUUUGAUAUGCCAAACACCUCGCAAGGCAUGAAUCACUUGAACCCUGGAGGUAUUGGGCCUACGUUAUUGUCACAAAUUGGAGGACAGUCGAAUGGCAUAGGUCCCGGCGACCAAAGUCAAAUUCAAGUGUCACAGCAGAUGACUCAAAUGAUGCAAAUGCAAAUCCAGUGGAUGCAACAGAUGAUGCAGAUGCAAAGCAUGCAACUUGGGCAGCCGAUGCAGAUGAACAACCCAAAUCUUUUACAGCCUCCGGGCCCAAUGCAACGCCCUGUGUCCAUGGUAUCGAACAUGAAUGCACUUCAACCUGGUCCUCCUCAAGUCGACCAGAGAACACUGAGCAUGCUUGAUCCGUCCUCCGCCCAGUGGAACAGACACUCCUCGUUCUUCCCGGCAACCCAGGACACGGGAAGCACGGGCACUAAUCUCGGAAUGAUGGGGAACCCCGGCUACGCGCCUUCAGUCGCACCUUCGGAGCGGAGCAACGUAGGAACAGCAUCGCGAUAUCGACCUGUGUCCACAGUUCAGCCCCCGCAACCUAACCGCUCAUCCACCUUUACGGCGUCCACACCUCGCCCAUGGCUAGAUGAGGCACGGAAUUCCACAUUUACAUCGUCCAGCCCGCAGCCAAGAUUAAAUCAUUCGGGCGCUACUAUCAGACCAGUCAGUGGACUGGUUACAUCCGCUCAAAACGCCAAUGAUGAUGAUGACGAUGACGAAGGUUGGGCAGAGAUGGCCAAGGCCAGGGAAAAGAAGAAGAGCGGAUGGCGAUUCAAGAAAGGCUCGUCGCCGCUCGGUGAUCUGUUCCAUUCUAAUCAGAUUUAA